AUAAUCAGAUGGGUAGGAGGAAAAUCUUGGCUUCUUUGCAGUUACAGUUUGCAUGAGAAUGCUCCAGGCUGGGUUACGCGGGUUGCAAUCCGUGUAUAUAAUGCUAGCAGUACUUUACAAGCAACGGUACGAUUGUAGGGGGCAAAGGGAAACAAUCAGAGAGAAGUAGGCACUUGGCUGGUAAGUGUUAUACUUGCUAUUAAAAGGUAUCACAUAUAGCAAAGCUGGGAUAGAGUCCCUUAGUCUUUAAACGGAGCCCCCCUAGUGUACAGCCGCUUCAGAUCAUGUGAUGGAUUCAUGCAAACAAGAGACGUUCUUGAGGGUUCGCUUUCUCCAUGUGCUUCCUUUUGGCAAAAACAAAGUGACACAACGUGGCAAAUACAGUGACGGUGAUAAGAUUAUCAAGGCCCACUCUCGCCAUGAUGGAGACGCAGUCACUGGAACAGCAGCUGGAGCGCAACAUUGCAUUCCUGAAACAGGGCCAGCUGGAAUUAGUGCAUGAUCUGCACCAGGAGAUUCUCAGACUUCAGAAACGUUGCACAGAACUCACCAUGGAGCUGGAAUCACAGCAAGUAGAGCUUUCACAGCAAGAUCAGAUUGAGCAAGAGAUGGAAGAAAAAUGUCAGAUUCUAGAGGCGAGCUACCAUGAAAUGGAGCAGGAGAACUCGAGUCUGAAGAAGGAGCUCUAUCACCGAGAAAACCGGGUAGCUGCUCUGAGAUCCAGGUUAAGAGAUAAAGAGAGGAGGUUCUUGGAAGAGGUGAAGAAAAGGAGUCAUCGAGUGACCAUUCUGAACACAGAGCUCCAAAAGCAGACUGAAGCUGCAGCCUAUCUCUCUUUCCAGUUGCACACCGCACAACAGAAACUUCACAGUGCCCAUCAGAGCUACCAGGCUGCAUGUGCCUCCCCUGCUAUCACUGUGCCCAGGCAGUCAAGUCAUGAAGGAAAAGUCAAAAACAGAACCUAUAAAAACAGUAAUGCCUGGAAGCAGGAUUUGGUGGAUCUGCCCUGUACAUCCAUGUCGAGUGAUUCUUUUCUCAGAGAACAAAUGUGCAACCUUGAUGAUAUUGAACCAAUGCCAGACCCCGCACUCUUCUUAUACCCAAAGAGGUUUGUGCAUACAUCACGACAGAGACCAGAAGCCAGAUCCCAUAAAACUACUACUUCAGGUCACAACUGUGCUGGCAGAAGACUUGCAACACAAUGGCCUGAAAGCCUAUCAAUGCAAGAUAAUGGCACGCCCUCCACCAAUCCGGUUGUCAAAGCAAAACUCCCAAAAAAUGAGAGAGACAAACGUCGUGCUGUGGCCCAGCAAGAAUCAAGAGAUUCUAAAUAAGAUAUCCGAAACCAUAACAGUGUUACUGAUGAUGCUUGCACUGGAAAAAGAAAAACCUUGGACAGCGAAAUAGGGUAGAACAGGUCAUAAGACUAAGCCAUGUAAUUACAGGUGUCCAUGUGCUAUAUGGAUGUUUCUAGGCUAUUUUUAUUAUUGUCUUCCUCAGUUUGAUAUUUUUUUUACCAGAUGUCCAUGGGGAGAAUAUUAAGGCCACCCACCAGUAGCAGAAAACGCAUCUGAUAUUAUUAUAAUCAGACUGAACUUUCUUCUGCUAACGUUUUAUUUUUAUAUGUUCUCACUGCUGGUAAGAGCAGCUUCUCACGCAUGAAACAAGGACAAUGUUUUGUUCUAGUUGCAGAUCAAAUGUUAUAUCCUCAUUUGUAGAUCAUGCAGGCAGAACAAGAAACUAGACAAUAAUAACCUAUGCAGACCCUUCUACCACCUUCACUAUGGCUGUGCAGAUUAAUACAGUUGGGCAACAUAUGUUGUGCACAAUUACUGGACACUUGAGAUCAUUUAGCUUCUUGAGGUCCCUGAGUUAUAGGAUUCAUUGAGGUAUAAGUCAUCCCUUUCAGAGUAAGCUGAAUUGUUGGAAAUGUUUUGAAACAUUAUUGGAGGUGAUUUUUAAUUGGAUGAAUGAAGCUGAGUCAUGUACAAGAUGUCUGGUGUGACAAAUGGUGGAACAAGGUAAAUGGGUGUUCAGAUUUUUUUUACAGUACAGAAAGAGGUUUUAUUUAUUUAUUUUGUACUAUAACAGUGAGAAUAUAUAUUCAAGUUUUUGUCCAUUUUGGACAGUUGCUAAAUAAUGAGCUGGAUUCUCAGUUGCUAUAUUUCGGUUAAUUUAAUGAGAAAUGUUUUAGUGUAUACCAAAGUAACAAGUAAGGAAAAUGUCAUUUACAGGUUGAAAAGCUGCUUCUAAGGGUCAGGCCAAACUAGCAGAUUCGGGGAGAUUAGUCUCCCCAGCGACUAAUGAAAAUCAACUGGGGGAAGGCA